CGCCCACGCCGUCUUUAUUAUACAAUGAUGGACUUGCUCCGACUCUGAGCAACCAAACUUCCAUUUGCCUUUUCACCCCCUGUUUGGUUCAGGAAACGAUCUUAUGCUUAGCUCUGCCUUGCGUUAUACGUGUCUUUGUUCUGUCUUGUAUUCCCCAACAUGGAGCCCUUCUCGGCUGUUUGCGGCGUGCUCGCGUUGGUGGGCCAGGUCGUCAAAACCGUGAAUAGUAUACAGGGCCAUGUGGCCACUUAUAAAGCAGCGUCAGGCGAUGUCAUUGACUUGAUCAAUCACCUCAAGAUACUCGGCAACAUACUUCAAAGUGUUCAGGACUGCCUCGAAAAGUCACUGGCAUCCCCGAACCCAGUAUAUAAAGCAGGAGUGUCACGGGAAAUCGCCAGCAUCCUCGUCUGUUGCGAACAAAAGCUUAAAAGUCUCGAGCAAAAGCUAUUGCGCCUCGGGAGACCAGGCAAGAUAUUCAAACUCAACUACGUGAUUAAGAGGGACGAAAUAGUCAAGGCUUUCGGAGAGAUCGACAGGCUCACUUCCAAAUUGCACAUUGCUAUAAGCACCCAGAGGUGGUCUCUUUCUUUGUCUUCAGUUGACCAGCCUCCACAGUACGAAGAACUGCAGAAAAUGGACGAUAUUGAAAGCGAGACGAUGUUGACCCCCUCGACGACAACUGAGGAGAUCAGCACAACAACCGAUCCCGUCGUGGGUCUUCCACAGAACAGCUUCCCCUUGGCCGUACGAAAGUCAUGCGAGACACAAGACUACUGUGGCAUUGCAGGUCAAUUACAGGUCACCAGAAAGAACAGGCAAGCAAAGUGGUCAUACUUUGACGAUGGCAUUACCGACGAGGCCACCGAGUACUUGAUAAAGUUGCCUCUUGUUCCAUAUCAAAUCGCUCUUCAGCUGCGGAGGUCAUCGGGCAUGCCGUUGACCUACUCUUUGAAUGUCACACAUGUGAUUCAGGCCUCCACACCACUUGGCAGGGAGCUUUCGGCCUUGUUCCAUCAUAAAGAAGGGGAGGACGAUCUUCGGGGGCUUCAGAGUCUUCUCUCAAGCCGGCGAAUUUCCCUUUAUUCGAUGGUUCACGACCAUGAAACAGGAAGUACUUCGACUUUGCUGCAUCUGGCAAUCAAUAAUCGAAUGCCUAUCAUGAGCAAGUUCUUGGCUAUGAACGAUCGCAAUGGCAAAUGCCUCGAAUCAGCAUCAGACAAAAACCUGUCCAAGAGAUAUCUCCCCGCUAAAUCUUCGUCUGAGAUACGAGACGGAGAGGGCGAACAAGUCCUGUCGGUGGUUUUCAAAUCACCACGAGCUGAGCUGGACGCGGAUUUCUUCCAGUGGAUCAGCUGUGUUUACCCCGAUCCAGAGCAGUUUCGCAGCAUUUUCGACCACUUCUUGCGUCACCAUGAAGGAGACACAUCCGAGUGGAUUGACAUGGCAUGGGCACGGGCUGUCGACGGUUACAUCAGCAUUGGACCGAUUAAAGCGGGCUUUUCGCCCGGCUAUUUUGCCCGUCGCGUGGAAGCCUGGACCCCGAUCCUCAAGAAACUUGUUCAGUUGGGAGUAGACGUCCAUGGAAAAUUUGAGUCAUCCUGGGGUUUUACCCGAGACUCGGCCUACUUUCACAUUCUCCAUAAUCAAACCUGCCACAAGCAGGUGGUCAAGGAUGUUCAGGAAUGGCUGACAAUGCUCGAGGAUUGUGGAGUGCAUCUCCCGACAUACCUGGCCCGGGAAAGACAGCAACUACCCGAGAAAUGGGAAGUUAUGGCAGAGAGGAGACGAGGCAGCGAUAAUCCUUUGGGAGAACUGAGUACUAUCGACCACAAUGGCCUCGAUGCGCUGGUAUGGACGCCCGCGAACGACGCCUCGAAUGAAGCUUUGGAGCUAUUGCAAGAGUUUGAAGCACUCCGGGCAUCGCAUAUCCCCCCGUCUCUCAUGUUUACCUUUCCGCCAGAGUCAAGCAAGGGGAAAACCGGCGAGAAUACGCCGAAGGUGCAGCCAGUCGAACUGAAGAUGAGAAUGUACAAUAGGGAGGAGUGGCCUAUUCAGCGCACAUUGGUGGCAGUCGCGGAAGAAGCCGUGCGCUAUAAAAAGGAGUGGCCCUCUGAGUACAGUCAGCGCAUCCAAGAGCUGCUCGACAAACACAAACGUCGCCUCGACCGUCGUUGGAAUAAACGCGCCUAUCACAAAAGGGCGGCUCGGGGAGUAGCAAAGAUGCCCGGAGGCUGGGUCGAGUCCAGCUAGCGGCUUGCAUACAAAUUUUAAAUUUUGCUGGGGUCAUUUACUUGGCAAUUC